GCCGUUUCCGCGCGUCCCGGCGCCGCCGCCGCCUCUCGGAGGGCCGCGCUGGGCAGCCCCUGCCCCACGCCGGGACCGGGCGGCUGCUUGCUGCUCUUACCGGCCGCUCCCGCUCGCGGCCUGCUGCCUGCCCCGGGGUCGGCUCCGUCCGAGCCGGAGUGGCUCCCGGGCGCGGGAGGCCCGGCGGCCGGGCCAGGGCCUAGGCUUGGGCUCGGUGCGGCCUUGCAGUGCGGAAGGUGGGUGCGGAGCCGCUUGAAGGGCCUGCGGCAGUGCGGGCACAGCUCCCGCCCCGGCGGCACGGCGGCCAUGGCAGCACGGCGCCGCCGCCGCCCUCUCGGGGCCGCUUUUCCGUCGGGCGCCGCCGCCCCCGGUGGGGCUUCGGUUGCGCGUAGCGCGCAUGCGCGCCCUCCUCGCCCCGGCGCACGCUAUGACGCAGCGGAGGGGCGUGGCCGGCCAGAGGAGGGCGUUGCGCAUGCGCAGGAGGCGGAGACGCCGGAAGCGGCGACUGGAGCCGAGCGGGGGACGUCUCUCCUCAGCGGUGGGCGGCGGGCCGCGCCGGGCCAGGCCGCACCGCAGCGUCUCGCCGUGCCCCGUCCCGCCUCGCAGAGCUCAGCCCAGCCCGCCAUGAGCUGCCGGCAGCCGCUGCCGAGCGAACGGGGAGCGAGACAGAGGAAGAGGAGACGGAAUGGCAAUGAAGAUGAUGGUCAUGUUCCCCAAACAAAACGUAGUACCAGGAAUACUGUCCUUCAGGACUCUUGGGACACUGAGUCCAAAUGCGUAACAGAAUGUGCACCACAGCCUGGGGAAAUGAAGGUGGCUGUAAUGAAAAACAGUAAGGAACACAGACUAAAAGGAAACAAAGUGUCCUGUGCGUCCUCCAGCAGCGAUAGCAGCAGCAGCAGCUGUAGUAGCAGUAGCAUCAACAGCCCUGACAGAGCAUGCGGUGCAGAAACCAGCCUAAACCCGGUAAUUGCAGGAUCCAGUCCUGUCUCCUCUCAGCCCUUCCAUGAGCAGUCUGCACUAAGCCAAGGUCCUUACUUCCACAUCAACCAGAUCCUGAAGGAGGCACACUUUCACAGCUUACAGAGCCGGGGACGCCUUCCUACAUGAUGAACCAGCAGUUCCCUGCCUUCUGUGAAGGGACAGCACUGUGUAGAUUUGAUAUUUCAACUUAAAAGUUUGUUAAAAUGGAAUUGCACAAAAUGCCUGUUGCCUUUUCAGUCUAUAUUUGAAAUAACAGGUUAACAGGAAAUUGUUUACUUGUGGUUUGCUGCACUAUUGCAAUGCAAAAGGGGCUUUGAAGCAAUUUUUAUAGGAUUGUUUUUGGGGUGGUUAUAAAGUGCGUGUCAAGAGGAGACUGAGGAAUCCACAUCUGUGUUAUAGGAUUGCAAAAUGUCCAAUUCCAAUCAACUGCCUAAUCUGUUUGUUAGCAAUUUGUUGCUUUAUGUAAAGUUCUCUCAAACGUUCAUCUUCAGUUUUAUAAGUCUUUUUUAAUUUCAAUAAACUAGUAAAAAAUGUA